CACACCCAGCACCACUCACUCAGUUCAGCUGGGGGUUAUAAGUUGACCACUAGUUAUCAAUCCACUACAGUAUUGUUUGAAAAAGUCCUUUACCCUUCUCCCUUUCCCACACUGUCUCUACCUGCAGCUUGGCACUCAGCUGCGAUCCUGUCUCUUGAUGUCUACCCGCAUAGUCACAUAACUGUGUGCAGAUAAAUGGCUUUGAAGUUUUUUUCCUUACAUUUCUAUUCCAUUUUCAUAAAAAUUUUUUGUUGAUAAUGAAGUAAGAAACUUAUAUAGGAAAUAAUGUUUAUUUCUUCCAAACUAUUUGGAGGUAAAUUAACAGUUGAAAAAAUCCAUUUAAACAAAUACUCCUCACUGAAUAUUUCUCUGGCAAUAUUUCUCCUGUUCAUCCUUGUCUGAGUUCAGGGGUAUGUAAGAAAUGCAAGCUACAUGCACAGUUUGUUUCUGCCCCACAUAAUUGUUUUUACGAUCAAGAAGAACAAAACUCUUGAAAGUCUUCCAGAGAAAGGUCACCUGAAAAACCUUCUCCGUGAUCUUCCAAUGGCCUCUGGCCAUGGCCCCCUCUUCUCUCCCUUCUCGUCAGUCUUGCCUUGUCUUUCCGUCUCUUUUACUUAUCAUUCUUUCCCUUUUUCCUCUUUCCAAUUCUGCUGACUCAUGAUUGUCACUGAUUUUGAUUGUCACAUAUUCUUUUAUGAGAGGAGUCACACUGGCCUAGGAUGUUACACAUCCAACUGCUGCUGAGCACUGAUUUGGGGGCAGUGGCACUGCGGCAUAAUGAGCUCUGUAGCCACAUGACCCAUCUAGCAAGUGAAUGUAGCACUCACUUGCUCUGUGACCAUAGUAAAUUACUCAACCUCGCUCACUUCAAGUUCUUCAAUAAAAUAAUAAGAUCUGCCCCUUUUGGCUGUUGUGAGGAAAUAAUGACAGGAGGGAUUGUCACACACCUUAGCACAACCUCUCAAUAAAUGGAGGCUCUCAUUACUAUAGUGUGGCAACAAUAGCUUUGAGGCUGGCAUGGGAGAGACAGGGAGAGUCUCAGUGAAUCUUGAAAGACGAGUUGACUUCUGGAAGGGUACUUCUUGAGUUUGUAAAAGUUUUUGUGAGAAAGUGGGAAAAGAAAAGACCAAAUAAAAAGUGAUCCAGACAAUCCACUGGGUAAAACAUUUUAAAUUAGAUAUGAAAGAUCAAAGGGGUAAGUACAAAAACGAUAAUUUACAGGACAAGAUCAAAAUGCUGAGACACAAGAUGGGGAAAGGUGGACUUCAACCCAAUAUGGCAGCCUGGAUACAAUUAGUUAAAUAAAUACUAUUUAUUUAUAAAACCAAUAAGAUAGUGGGAGGUAUGAAAGGCAAAGGGCAGGAAGUGGCCUUUCCCAGCACUAAUCCGACCCGAACUGUGGCUACUUUAUGUCUCCUUGAAGGAGGAUGUGGGGAACUGGCAGAGCUCCAGAGAAGAGCAAGAAUAUAAUUAAGACUUGGAGAAUAAAGUCUGUGAGGGAAGUAAAAAAAAAAAAAACAAAAAACUAUAGGAUUCUUUAUCUGAUAGGAUAAAGGUCCAACUCAUUUGAAGGGUCAUUAUAAGAAAGACAUUGGUAGUUUCUAUCUCCACAAAUAGUAAGACAAGAGGAAAGAAGCUGACAUCACAGUGGAGAAGAUUUGCGGCUGUGAGAAUCCUUAACAAGGAGGCUGGAAGGCUCAUGCUGACAACUGCAAAAGGAAAAGUGUUAAUGUAAAACUAUAACAUGUCCACGCAUUCACAGCAGCCUGCCGAGGGAAGAGGAAUGUGGUAUUCAAUUACCAGCUUUUAUAAUAUUUUGAAAACAAGCCUCUUGUUUACUAUUUGUUUGAAAUAAUUGAGUUAUUUACUAAUUAAAUCUAGGUAUUAACAAAAGGUUACUUUGAAGGUGUAAUGCAAAUCAGAUGGGUUUGGGUCUCUUUCAGACAAAGCUUUGCCCCAUUCCAGUGGCUUGGGCCCGUGGUGGGGAACUCAUGACAUGUGUUGUUUGUUUUUCUUUUAAGACAAAAGAUGUUAAUGUAUGAGUUGUUUUUCCUAAACUGAAACCUCACUGUUUAGGCUUAAUUGCAGUGUUGGCACUUUGGAAUAAAUAAGUGGGCUUUGCAUUGUAGUUUGGGCCCUCGUCUCUAAAAGGCUCACCAUCAGUGGUUUGGGCCAGUCAUCACAUGGGGCCACAUUUAUUCACCACAGCUGAGGAGCAACUGCAUUUGGCUGUGACUUUUAGAAGAAUCUGUUAAAUCGCAAUGCUGCUGAUAUCCAUUCUGUUGCACAGCAAGGCUGUGAUGGUCGGAACGCGCGGGACUGUCUGUCUUUCACUCUGGCUGUGGGGAGGGAAGGUGGAGUGCCACAGGGAUUUUGAGGAGUUUCGCCUCAGGCUCUGGUGAUGUCCAAGUCAGGAGGGGAGGGCAUCUGCAUCUGUGAACAUGGGGUCCGCCAGUGCUUCCUGCUGUGCUUCCCAUCUCCGUGCUGACUUCAGUUUGGCUGCUUUCUCUGCUGCUAAGCAAGGGCAUGUGUGAAAACAAGAUUUUGGUGAAGCAGUCGCCCAUGCUUGUGGUGUACGACAAGGAGGUCAACCUUAGCUGCAAGUACACUUACAAUCUCUUCUCAAAGGAGUUCCGUGCAUCCCUGUACAAGGGCGUGGAUAGUGCUGUGGAAGUCUGCGUUGUGAAUGGGAAUUUCUCUCAUCCACUUCAGUUUCACUCUAAUACAGGGUUCGACUGUGAUGGGAGUUUGGACAAUGAAACAGUGACUUUCUACCUCCGGAAUCUGUUUGUUAACCAAACAGAUAUUUACUUCUGCAAAAUUGAGGUCAUGUAUCCUCCUCCUUACCUAGAUGAGAAGAGCAAUGGAACCAUUAUCCAUGUGAUAGAAAGGCACCAUCCACAUCGCUGUGUUUUCCUGUGGCCUGAGUCUAAGCCCUUUUGGGCAAUGAUAGUGGUUGGAGGUGUCCUGGCUUUCUAUAGUGUGGUAGUAACAGUGGCCUUUUCUUUAUACUGGAUGAAGAGCAAGAAGACCAGGCUCCUUCAGAGUGACUACAUGAACAUGACCCCCCGGCGGCUCGGGCCCACCCGCAGGCACUACUACCAGCCCUACGCCCCAGCGCGGGACUUCGCAGCCUACCGCUCCUGACACAGAGGCCUAUCCAGAAGCCAGCCAGCCGGCGCACCUCCAUCUGCUCUACACCACUGCUCUGGAUAGGAAAGGACGGCCUCCUCGGUAGCCGGCCACCGUGGGCCCUUUUUGGGCACUAACGCCAAUUCUCCUUGAGCACCUAGUCCACAUAGCAAUGAUCAUCUUGAGACUCUGAUGUGAAGUUAGAAAUUUCCUGUGGCAGGCUAAAUUUUGCAGUGCCGAAAUGUAAAUUCCCAAAUUCACAUUUAUCCUAUAUUUAUUGACUUGAUUGAGAUGUUAGCGUAGAAAACAAAAAAUGAGCGGAUUCUGUGGGCCUUCUAAUCUGCUUCCAGACUGCUGACUGAGCCCCGCCCCUUUCCCUCACUCAGGCCUCUCAGUCAGGCAGAGUUGAUACCUAAGGGUACUUGCACAGAAAUCACUCUUUUGUUAAAUGGUUGUUUGCAGGGGGGAUCGAUUCGAAUGAGGAGAGGGUAGAGAUACUUAAAUAUUUUAAAACCAUUAAAACACUGUUUCCUAUGUAUGCAAUGAGCCACUUCUUUCCUAUUUAAUACUGUCCUUUUUUUUUGUCAGCUUAGGGAGAUGUAGAUAUUGUCUUUGAAGAAUUCUGACCAUAUUUAAUAAUUUUGACCAAUGGAAUUCCCUCAAAGCAAUGCUAGGCAAAUCGGCUUGCUUGCUUUACUCCUUCUGAUGGGAAUUCAGUGUUAAUGUUCACAACAUGAUUUCAAAAGGAUGAAAUACUCCUCCUCCACACACCAUGAAGAAUGUGUCAGGAAAUAAGGUUACUUUAUACUAAAAAUAGUUGAAGGCUAUGAAGGGUUAUUUGUUUAAGAGCUCAUUCCAGUCAAACUGCAUCUGUUUCAGCUUUGCAGGGCUGGUCUCUUUAUUGUCUGUGUGGAGAUGUGAGGUGGGGAGGCUGACAGAGCAUCCACAGGAGAUAGAAACAGUGAUGCUCUGGAAAGGGGAUGUUAUCAUUUACUCAUUCAUGAGUUCCAAGAAAUUUCUCCUGAAGGAAGGAGAAUGGAAGAGAGUGAGGCAGUUUUUACCAUGUGCUAAGCAGUGGCUGGUGUUGGGUGGAAGUUUUCCAGAAGGCACCAGAAGAAGGAUCUCUGGAGAGAACUCCUUCACAGGGACUUCAGGUACUCUGGGGUUCAGAGUUACAGAACUCUGUGAGCUCAGCUGCUUUGUGUGCUCUUGAGGUCCAUUGAUCUGGAAAAGUGUUUUGGAGACAAUUUAAAGUUCUCAAGAGGUUCUUCAAGGCCCAACUCUGGAAUGACCAUAGAUAUUUCCCUGCCUUCAAUUUGGGUCAGUGGAAUAUGCCUGGGGACCUUGGAAAAUGGCUCUUCUGUCAUCUUUAUGAGCUGUUCAGUGCUUUGGUUUAUCCAGGUGUUGGAGAAGCCUGGUUUUUAGGGGUAGAUAAACCUGGUUCAAAUCUCAUUACUAGUUGAAUGGCCUCAGGCAAGUCACUGCUAAUGCAAGAUUAGUUUUUCAACUCUAAAAUGGAAAGUAUGAUCACAAAUGUCUGUUCCUACACUAUAAUCUCCAUGAGGGUAUGACUAUGUCUGUCUUUUCAUUACUUGUCCCUGGCAUUUAGUACCAUGCCAAACACAAAAUGCUAGCUCUCUCUCUAUCUAUAUAUCUAUAUAUAUAUGCACAUUAUGUAUAAAAGUCAAACUGGGCAAUGACCUAAGAAGGGAAGGAAAUAUUAACAUAAAUCUAAAUUAAAAUUUAUGAGGAGCUAACUUCCAUCAGUCUCCUGUUUCUUAGACUAUUUUAUCUUGUGAUAAAACAGGGCAUUUCUCCUCCACUUUUUUGUAUAUAAGAAGGUUUUAACAUUUUUUUUUUUUUAAAUGUGGGGGAGUAGGAGACAGGGAGAAAUCUUUUGGUUCCAGACAAGAAAUAUUGUACUCUGGCUGAUUUUUAAAUUGACUUCCUUCCACACAUUUAAUUAAUUCAAAGAAGGUCAAACUCAGAUACUGGGGUGAUGAAGGACUGUGGAGUACGGACUUGCAUUUGUACCAGUGGCAGCCUCUCGGUACACAGAGUUCUUCAAUCUGAGUCAUCAAACUGUGCUUGAAAAUGACAGAGCUGGAGAAGUUUUAGAAGGGGCUGUGACAAAUAAAUAAUAUUUUUAAAUGGAAAGAUUUGAUCUUUGGUAAUACACGGUUUUGUUUUUCUAACUGGAAAAGUAGGUUUGCCAAAGAUGAAUCACACUUGAGAUUUUCUUACUCGCAACAGAACUGAAGUAGAAAUGUUAUAGGGAAGUCCAUUUUCACUUUUAGUGUGAACCAAGAACUGAUGUAAAAAUGGUGGUUGGAGUAAUACUUUUACAUUUCCAGGUAUGCUAAUUAUAAAGAAAACAAUGUCAUUUGCUGCUAUUAUUGUAAGAAUCUCAUAAUUAAUGGUAUUCCUGGAAUUGUGAACUCACCUAUUUGGGGCUGAGCAUGCCAAUUUAAAGAGACCAAAUGUACUUUACAUUCUAUGUCUUGAAUGAUAAAAUUAUUAGACUAUUA